AUGGCAAACAAUCAAUUACCAAUUAGUAUUGGCUCAGAAAAAGAGGGGAAUUUUACAUAUGCAAUGCAAUUAUUGUCAUCAUCAGUACUUCCCUUUGUGUUACAUUCAACAAUUGAAUUGAAUGUAUUUGAGAUCUUAGCCAAAGCUAAUGAUACUCAACUUUCAUCUUCUCAAAUUGUUUCUAAGAUGCCUUGCAACAACCCAAUUGAUGCAGCCAAUAUGUUAGAUAGAAUGCUUUAUGUGUUGGCUACAUAUUCUUUGCUCACUUGCUCCAUUAAUAAUAAUAAUAAUGUUAGACUCUAUGGUCUUUCACCAGUGGGCAAGAUGUUUGUUAGUGAUAAUGAGGAUGGUGCAUCUUUGGGGCCACUCUUGGCUUUGCUUCAACAUAAAUCACACAACGUACUCUACUCUUGCGAUGAAAUUAAUCACAGGUUUGGAUUAAAUGAUACGGUUCUUGAAGGAGGAUUUUCAUUUGAGAGGAUGCAUGGGGUAAAUUUAUUUGAGUAUCAAAAGAUGGAUCCCAAAUUGAGUGAUGUUUUCAACAAAGCAAUGAUUAGUCAUACAACUCUUGUGAUGAAAAAUGUACUUGACACUUACAAUGGUUUUGAGGACAUCAAGACUUUGGUUGAUGUUGGAGGUGGUCUUGGAAUAAACCUCAACAUGAUUACAACUAAAUACCCAACCAUUAAGGGCACUAAUUUUGACUUGCCUCAUGUUGUUCAACAUGCCCCUUCUUAUGAAGGGGUAGAACAUGUUGGAGGAGAUAUGUUUGAAAGUGUUCCAAAAGGAGAUGCUAUUUUUAUGAAGUGGAUUCUUCAUGACUGGACCGAUAGUCAGUGUGUAGAGUUACUGAAGAACUGUUAUGAGUCUACACCAGCCAAAAAUGGAAAAGUGAUUGUUGUUGAGGCCAUUCUACCGGUUCAACCCGAUCCUAUGCAUACCUCUGUUGUUAUUUCACAAACUGAUUUGAUCAUGUUGGCUCAAACUUCUGGAGGAAAAGAGCGUUCUCAAAAUGAGUUUCAAUUCCUUGCAAAUCAAGCUGGAUUCAAUGGCAUUAGCUUUAUAUGUUGUGCCUCUAACUUUUGGGUCAUGGAAUUCUACAAGUAGCUCCACCUUUUUUACUCUAUAAAUAUCAUACAUUAAGUAAUUUCUCAAUUUAUAUAUUUUCUCUCUAAUUUAUGUUAAAGUGAUGAAUAAUUGGACCAUUUUCAAUAGUUCAGGAUAAGUGAAUUAUUUAAAUAUGUUUGGUGA